AUGACUUCUCAAGCUGAUCAAAUGUUAAGUAUACUUGAAGAUACAGCAGCGUUGCUAAAGAAAACACAGACAAAUCUUAAGAAGUGCCCCAAAGAACGUUUAUCGAAAGCAGGUUAUAUACAAACAAGAAUAGAAACCCUUGAACAAUAUUGGAACACAUUUAAACAAGCACAUCAAGACUUAUUAAAGUGCACCACGCGUGAACAACGUGGCGUGUUGUCAUAUUUUGUCAAUGAGGAGUUCUUCAUACAAGAAGAUCUGUACUUAUGUAUGUUAGGCGAUCUUAAAGACUUGUUGGCAGCACAUCAUAAGAAGACGUCCGACCAUUCUGUGUGUAGUAACGUUUCAUGUGAAGGUCCGGCCAAGGUCAAGUUGCCUAGUAUACGAUUACCUGCUUUUUCUGGAAAUUAUGAAGAAUGGCCUACCUACAAAGAUUUAUUUGUGUCAUUAAUACAUGAAUGCACAAGAUUAAGCGAAGUUGAAAAAUUACACUAUUUAAAGACAAGCAUCACGGGUGAAGCGGCAUCAUUACUGAAACAUGUACAUGUGACUGGUGCUAAUUAUGUUCAAGCAUGGGAAAUGCUGAAUCAUCGUUACAGCAAUAGACGCCUAAUAGUUAAUGCACUACUUAAACGAUUAUUUUCCUUGAAGAAAUGUACCUCACAAUCUGCGGCCCAGCUGAAAACUCUCCUGGACACCACUAGUGAGAUCAUCAACAGUUUGGAAAAUUUGAAAGUGUUUACCGGCUCCUGGGAUCCUAUAAUUGUAUUUCUGGUCGUGCAGAAGUUGGACCCGGAGUCGCACAAGGAAUGGGAGCAGUCUGCUUGUUCGGUGAAUCCAGAAAGCUUAUCUACUUGGAAAGACUUGCGCGAGUUUUUAGAGUCUACAUUCCGGACACUUGAGCUUGUUAAUCCUACCACUAGUACCAGAACCACAAAAGAACGCGUGCUGCAUGUUUCUACGUCUUCAAAUGAUCAGAAGAAAUCAUGUGCUUUGUGUAAGGAUACACACACACUAUGUCACUGCAACGCGUUUAACAAAAUGGCACUUAAUGAACGAAGAGAACAUGUCAAAACAAACAAGCUCUGUUUCAACUGCUUAGCAGCAGGACACUCAGUAUUUAAGUGUCGCAUGCCAAUGUCCUGCCGUAUUUGUAAACGACGCCACCACACACUUUUGCAUCAACCCAAGAAUACGAAUGAGUUGGCUUCUCAUGUAGAACCUCAGCAAGCGACGUCAUCACAAGCAGAUGCAGAAGAGAAGGUUCAGGCAAUGGUAGCGUCACAUCAUAUUUCUGGGCAGAAGAUUGCACUAUUAGCUACCGCAGUAGUUAUUCUGAAGAGUGAAAAUGGUAACACUACUGCAUUGAAGGCGCUGAUAGAUUCAGGAUCCCAAGCAUGUUUUAUAAGCGAGAAGGCAACUCAGAUCCUGAAACUCAAUAAAUAUCCAGUGAACCUAAUCGUCUCCGGAAUGGAAUCAAUGAAAGUCAGAGUAAAGCACGAAGUCGAAGUACAAGUAUUGUCACGAUGGGAAGACAACUUUAACUUACCUAUUAAAGCCUACGUGAUGUCUAAGCCCUUGACUUCAAACAUCAACCCCUCAAGCGUAGUCACGGAGACUGAUUGGCCGCAUUUAUCAAGCAUCCAGCUCGCAGAUGAAACCUGUUUUGCAUCUGGAACUAUAGAUCUGUUAUUAGGAGUAAACGAGUACGUAGCAAUUUUGAAGCAAGGUCUCAUCAAGGGCCCACCAGGUACUCCAUGCGCUCAAAACACUCACCUGGGAUGGAUCCUGAUGGGUGGAACUACAUUGAAUGUUAACUCUAGAGAAAAUUCCAUUCAGGUCAUGAAGCAAGAAGUUAAUAUUGAAGAUUUACUCAAAACAAUAUGGGAAAUUGAUGUAGACUCAAAGAGAACACCUACUCUAAAGGAACAACUAUGUGAAAAUAUCUACAAGAAAACACACAAGCGUGUUAAGGAAGGCAAAUACAUUGUCCGACUACCUUUUAAUACAGAAAAUCCAAAAUCAGCUGAAGGAAACACGCGAGAAAUAGCAAAAAGAAGAUUUGUGCAUUUAGAAAGAAGAUUUAGUCAGAAUAAAGACCUGAAACAAGAAUAUACGAAGGUGAUUGAAGAGUAUAAAGAAUUAAAACACAUGGAAGAAGUGCCUACUAAAGAAAUGAACAGUAAAUCAGUUUACUUACCACAUCAUGCGGUGAUUCGAAAUAAUAAAGAAACUACUAAGACACGAGUUGUAUUCGACGCAUCGUGCAAGGGCUCCAACGGCAUUUCUCUGAACGAUGAACUCCUCGUAGGACCAAUCCUGCAAGAAGACCUUAGAAGUAUAAUUAUUAGAUGGCGUAUGCAUGCUAUAUGUUUUGCCUCUGACAUUCAGAAAAUGUAUAGGAUGGUCUGGAUUGAUAGAGAAGAUGCUGACUUUCAGAGAAUUCUGUGGAGAAAUGAUCCAAGCGAUGACAUUAAAGAAUACAGGCUCUUGACGGUUACUUUUGGAACAGCAUCUGCGCCAUAUCUCGCUAUAAGAACACUCAUGCAAUUGGCAGAUGAUGAAGGAGAAAGGUUUCCCGAAGCCACACGAAUUUUACGUGAAGAUUUCUAUGUUGAUGACGUCAUGUCCGGGUGUGAUAAUUUGAAAGAAGCAGUGAGAAUUAGCCAAGAUUUAAAAAGAUUACUUAAGCUAGGUGGAUUUGAACUAAAAAAGUGGUCUUCUAAUAGUCGUGAGUUCAUGGAAACAAUUGAUCCAAACGAAAGAUCAUCUAAUGCUCACCUGAAACUGAAUGUUGAUGGAGUCAUUAAAGCCCUGGGUAUACAAUGGAAUUUGGGGAAAGAUCAAUUCGAAUACAGCCUAAACUUACCUCCUAUCGGCAAUGUCUUUACGAAGCGUAGCAUACUCUCAGAUAUCCAACGGCUAUUCGAUCCUCUGGGAUGGAUCGCACCUUGUCUUGUGAUGUCAAAGAUUCUUAUCCAACAACUCUGGCUUGAAAAGGUUGAGUGGGAUGAAGCUGUAAAUCCGACAUUAGCUGAAAAAUGGUCUACAAUUCGAUCUGACCUUGAAAAUGUAAACGGAAUAUGCGUAAAUAGAUGGAUGGGCACCUCAAGUUCAAACAAAGAUUGUAUUGAAAUUCACGGAUUCAGUGACGCGUCCGUACAAGCAUAUGGUGCUGUAGUGUAUUGCCGCGUUACAUACUCAGAUGGUUCUGUAAAAACUUCUAUAGUCGCAGCAAGAACAAGAGUAGCCCCCUUAAAGACCAUAUCGUUACCACGGCUAGAAUUGUGUGGAGCUCUACUGUUAUCCAGGCUUCUAAAACAAAUAGGGAAGGCCUUGAGAUUACCUGCAUCACAGAUAUACGCGUGGACGGAUUCUUCAAUUGUUAUCUCUUGGAUAUUUGGAGACCCUAACAAAUGGAAAACCUUUAUAGCUAACCGUGUUGUCGAGAUCACGACUAACGUCAAAGGCAGUCAGUGGUACCACGUAAAAUCUGAUGAUAAUCCAGCUGACAUUGCAUCAAGGGGAAUGACAGUAGCAAAUCUUAAAACAUGCAAAUUGUGGUGGAACGGACCAGACUGGUUACCACAACCGAAGAUACAGUUCACUAGACCUAACAUUUUACCUACAGAGUUAGAAAGGAAGAAAGAUACUUUACAAACGUUAAACAUGAUGCACGGUGAAAACGAAGAAGAAAAGAAAUUAUGGACACAAUUCAAUGACUUUGAUUCAUUAAUUCAAUUAUUGAGAACAAUCACAUACAGCCGACGAUUUCUGAAACAAAAAACAUAUAAGGAAAAAAUAAACUCACCAAUUACAACUGAAGAACUCCAACUCUCCCUGCAAACCUGCAUAAAAAAGGCACAAGAAGAAGAAUUCGUCGAUGAGAUAAAUGCACUGAAAGGAAAGAAAACAAUAAAAAAAUCAAGCAAAAUAAAAUCUCUAAACCCUUACCUGGAUAACGCUGGAAUCCUCAGGGUGGGCGGUAGGCUCAGGAACGCGGACCUAGAUGAAGAAAGCAAACAUCCUGUAAUCCUCGGUCGAAACAGUAGACUUACCGUUCUCCUAGUAGCAGAAGCGCACACGAAGACGUUGCAUGGCGGAACUCAAUUGAUGCUUACCUACCUGAGAUCGAAGUACUGGAUACUGAGAGCAAAGGCAUUAGCCAAAAGGUAUGUCCACAGAUGUUUGGUAUGUGCUAAGUUAACCACUAAAGCAAGAACGCAAGUAAUGGGUGACUUACCGAGCGUACGCGUGAAACCGGCUCGAGCUUUUCUUAAUUCAGGUGUUGAUUUCGCUGGACCAUUUCACAUACUAAUGAGCAGAGGCAGAGGAGCCAAAACCAGCAAAGCCUAUAUCUGUAUUUUCAUCUGUAUGUCUACGAAAGCAAUCCACCUAGAGCUGGUCAGUGAUCUUAGUUCAGCAGCAUUCAUUGGCGCCUUUAAGAGGUUUUGUGCUCGCAGAGGUAAAUGCACGAAUAUAUGGAGCGACCAAGCGCGAAAUUUUGUUGGUGCCAACAAAGAACUGGUCGAAGCGUGGAAAGAGGCUCAUUUGCAAUUUGAUGGAGAGAUUGCCGAAUUAUUAGCUAACGAUGGUACUCAGUGGCAUUUUAUACCGGCGUAUUCACCGACUUUCGGAGGACUGUGGGAAGCCGGAGUCAAAUCUAUAAAAUUCCAUUUGAAAAGAAUUCUCAACACCAACCUAACAUUUGAAGAGAUGACGACGGUUCUCUGUGAAAUCGAAGCCUGUUUAAAUUCACGUCCACUAUGCCCCUCAGAUGAUGAAACCACACAGCCAUUGACACCUGGUCAUUUCUUAAUAGCCGAAGCGCCAGUCGUUGUACCAGAUCACAAUUUAAAGGAUAUUAAAAUAAGUCACCUGACACGCUGGCAAUACACAAGAAAAUUGUUAAAUGACUUUUGGUCGCGAUGGCAGAAAGAAUAUUUAACCAGACUUCAGCAACGACCGAAAUGGCUAAAACGUGAAGAAGAAUUUAAAAUUGGAGAAAUAGUUCUGAUCAAACAAGAUAAUCUCCCGCCAGGAAAAUGGUGUAUGGGUCGUAUUAUUGAUAAACAUCCUGGCCCCGAUGGUAUGACAAGGGUUUAUAGCGUCAAGAGCGGUGACAACAUAGUCAAGCGAUGUGUCACGAAGUUGUGCGCCUUGCCUAUAGACAUAGAAGAUUAA